AUGACUACACCCAUCGAUGUGACUGGCAAACAUGCUUUCCAGCCACCGGACUUCGAGAAUGGCGACCAAAGAGGCCCCUGUCCUGGACUCAAUGCGCUUGCCAAUCAUGGUUAUAUAUCUCGUGAUGGUAUUGCUGGAUUCUUCGAAGUUAUUGCUGCCGUCAAUCAAGUGUACGGCAUGGGUAUCGAAUUGAUAACCGUCCUUGCAGUCAUGGGUACCGUGGGCGUCGGCAAUCCGCUGUCCCUGAAACCUGGAUUCUCUAUAGGUGGCAAGAGUCAGAAGUCCAACAACAUACUCGGCAACCUUUUGGGACUACUCGGCACGCCUAGAGGCCUCGAUGGUGCUCACAACUGGAUCGAGUCAGACUCUUCUAACACGCGCGACGAUUUGUAUGUUACUGGCGACGCAUCCACCAUGAACAUGACCCUCUUCUUGGAAGCCUAUGACUCCUCAGACAAUGAGUUUCUCACCAUGGACGAUAUUGGUGCACGUGCAGCGAAGCGGUUUCAAGAGAGUGUAUCGAGCAACCCCAACUUCUACUAUGGCCCGUACACCGGCAUGAUUGCUCGCAACGCAGGGUAUGCCUUCACUGGACGUAUACUGAGCAAUCACACUGAAGAGAACCCCAUGGGUGGUCACUUGACAAAGGAUGUUUUUGCCAGCUUUUAUGCUGUCUACGAAGAGAAUGGUCAACUCGUGUACAGAAAAGGUCACGAGCAGAUCCCCGCGAAUUGGUACAGACGACCCAUCGACUACGGUCUCGUCGAACUCAACGUAGAUCUGGUAGCGUGGUUCCUCAAAUACCCCAUCCUAGCCAGCAUCGGAGGAAACCUAGGUACUGUCGACAGUUUCGCCGGCCUAGAUCUCGAAGACAUCACUGGAGGUGUUCUGAACGCGACAUCACUGCUUGAAGAGAACAAUCUUGUUUGCUUUGUGCUUGAAAUUGUCAAGACAUUCGCGCCUAACUCGCUGUCCUCGCUGUUCAAGACACUUGAGGUUCCGCUGAAGUUUGUCACUGACGCUGUUGUGGACCCAUCGUUGAGUCUCAAUUGCCCUGCGUUCAAGGAUAUGACUUUGGAUGGGACUGAUCUACUUUCUGGUCUGCUUGGCAAGUACCCUGGUGCCAGUAAAAGUGGUGUGGCAUUCUAG